AGUUUGCACGUGUUUUCAUACACGCAAACCUUUAGUAGAUCGGGCCCUCAGUCUGUGCUCAGUGAUUGGUUGGAGCUAGACCUUCAAAGUGACCCUGUAGUUCUCAAACCAAGUCUCAUAACCAAGUCUUAGACCACAGGGAUCAAAGAGAGUCAGCACACGUGGGGGGAAAUAUCUGUGGAUCAGGUGUACCAGUGCAACAAACAACAACAGCGACCUACCUGAUAGGAACAAAGCACUGAACGUGCAGGAGUGACAGCAGUUGCCUGGUGACACAUCCAUCCUGGAGUAUAAGAGGUGUCAGCUCGUGUCAGGUCAGGGCAGAGGAGCUUCGUGUCAAAGAGGCUUACACUGCCUCUCUGUAUAAUGGAGAACUGGACUGUUGCUACAGAUUUUCUGCUCCUGGAGGGGUUGAAGGUUAGCCCACAUUCCUCUGUCCCCACCUUCAUCCUCCUCCUCCUCAUCUACAUCUUCAUCAUGGUGUCCAACAUCGGCCUGGUGGUCCUGAUCUCCAUGGAGAGGAGCCUCCACCAGCCCAUGUAUCUGCUGUUCUGUAACAUGAGUGUUAACGAUGCGUUCGGGGCCACGGCCCUCAUCCCCCGCCUGCUGAGUGAUCUCCUCAUUCCUGACACGGAGCGGAUCAUUCAUUACAUCGAUUGUGUUAUUCAAGCUUUCUGUCUCCACCUGAAUGCAGGCACCUGCCACACGGUGCUCAUCAUCAUGGCCUUCGAUCGCUACGUGGCCAUCUGUAACCCGCUCCGAUACGCCACCAUCAUGACCAACAGGAUGGUGGUGAAGCUGUCGGUGUCGGCCUGGCUGGUGUCACUCUUCAUGGUGUUGAUUCUUGUAAGCCUCACCGUGCGGCUGUCGCGCUGCAGGAUGGCUAUAUUCCAUCCUUUUUGCGACAACGCCUCCUUGUUCAAGCUGUCCUGUGAGAGCGUCCUCAUCAACAACAUCUACGGCCUCGGCUACACCGUGGUCCUGCUGGGCUCGUCACUGGGCAGCGUCACGCUCACCUACCUGAAGAUAGCUGCAGUGUGUGUGAUCAGUAAGAACAAGGUCCUGAACAGCAAGGCCCUGCAGACCUGUGUCAGCCACCUGGCCGUGUACAUCAUCAUGUUUAUGUCAGGCAGCAUCAUCAUCAUCCUUCAUCGUUUCCCUCACUUGUCAUACGAAAGGAAGCUGGCAUCCAUCUUGUUUCACGUGGUCCCUCCUGCGAUGAACGCUGUUAUCUACGGACUGCAAAUCAAAGCAGUGAGAGAGAAGAUCUUAAUCAUGUUUAUACGUAAAACAACAGCCGUAGCGGACGGGAAAUGAGCCAAGACAGAAUAAACUCACAUUAUGUAAAAUAAUAGCUGCACUUAUUGAGAUUAAAUCUUUGUAGAAUCACUUCAAGGAUAACUCUGAGAUCAUAUAUAUUAAGGUUAAUUUUCCCAACUGUUUUUUUAACUCCCUGCUUCUUGUAUCUGUACAGACUUCAAAAUAAAAGCAUCAAAA